ACCACACCGGCCUUCCCAAACAGUCCCCAAUAAUAAAAUAUCUCCCUCAACAAACAAAAUAAACGUCUAUCCGGUUCCGCGUUCGAACCUCAUCUGAACGCGUUCUCUCUCUCUCUCUCUCUUUCUCUCUCUGAUUUCGAUUCGAUUGUCGGUUCACUGGAUCUCUUCAAAUCGCGGUGGUGAAUGCGUUUAUGCUAUUGUGAUCUAGGGUUUCAUUCGCUUUAAAGUUCUGAUUUUUGUUUUUUUGUUUUUAUGAGAUUUAGGUUUUCUUCCAAACAAGAUUCCUGGCGAUACUUACCCAAAAAAAGAUUCCUGGCGAUUUCUGGUUUCGCUGUUUCGUAUGAAAAUUUUAGGGUUUGAUUAUUUGAAUCGGUACUGAAGAAGAAGAAGAAAAAAAAUCGGAUUUUUUUUUUGUUUUUGCUUAAGGGGUUUCUUGAAUUUUGAAUUUUAGGGUUAGGCUAGGGUUUUGUUUAAAAAAAAUGGUCAGUUCGGAGGGUUCGAGUGCUACGCCUUUGCCGCCACAAUCGCCGAAGCAGUUCGGUGUUGCGAAGCCGUUAUCUAAGGCAGGGCCUUCGGAGACUGAUUUACAGAGAACUUUGGAUUUGGAGAAGUUUUUGGUUGAUGUUGGGCUAUACGAAAGCAAGGAAGAAGCUGCUAAGAGAGAAGCGGUUCUUGGUCGUAUCAAGGAGAUUGUGAAAGAUUGGGUGAAGCAACUUACUCGGCUGAGAGGGUACACUGAUCAGAUGGUGGAGGAUGCAAAUGUUGUUCUAUUGACUUUUGGUUCUUAUCGACUUGGUGUACAUGGUCCUGGAGCUGACAUAGAUACGUUAUGUGUUGGGCCAUCCUAUGUGAAUAGGGAGGUAGAUUUCUUCUUUAUACUACAUGACAUUCUGGCUGAGAUGGAAGAAGUUACAGAACUGCAACCAGUUCCAAAUGCUCAUGUGCCAGUUAUGAAACUUAAGUUCAAUGGAGUAUCAAUUGAUCUUCUUUAUGCAAGUAUAUCGCUUUUGGUUGUCCCAGAAAACUUGGAUAUCUCUGAUGUGUCUGUAUUGUACAAUGUGGAUGAGCCAACUGUUCGGAGUCUCAAUGGCUGUAGGGUGGCAGACCAGAUUCUUAAGCUUGUGCCAAAUUUUAAGCAUUUUCACACAACACUCCGCUGUUUAAAGUUUUGGGCCAAAAGGCGUGGUGUUUAUUCGAAUGUGACUGGUUUUCUUGGUGGUGUGAACUGGGCUCUCCUUGUAGCUCGGGUGUGUCAGCUUUAUCCGAAUGCAGUUCCCAGUAUGCUGGUUUCACGAUUUUUCAGGGUUUAUACACAAUGGCAUUGGCCAAAUCCUGUAAUGCUUUGUGGAAUAGAAGAAGUUGAACUUGGUUUUUCUGUGUGGGAUCCUCGUAAAAAUCCUCGUGACCGAUUUCAUCAUAUGCCAAUUAUAACACCUGCAUUCCCUUGCAUGAAUUCUAGUUACAAUGUCUCAGUAAGUACUCUCAGGGUCAUGAUGGAGCAAUUCCAAUUUGGUAACAAGAUCUGUGAGGAGAUAGAGCUGAAUAAAGCCCAGUGGAGUGCUCUGUUUGAGCCAUAUUUGUUCUUUGAAAGCUAUAAAAACUAUCUGCAGGUUGACAUAGUUGCUGCUGACACUGAUGAUUUGCGUUCUUGGAAAGGCUGGGUUGAAUCCCGGCUAAGGCAGCUGACCCUGAUGAUAGAGUGGGCCACUUACGGGAAAUUGCAGUGUCAUCCAUAUCCGCAUGACUAUGUUGAUUCUUCAAAGCAGUGCUCCCAUUGUGCGUUUUUUAUGGGUUUACAGAGGAAGCAAGGUGAGGUAAUCCAAGAAGGUCAGCAAUUUGAUAUUUGUGGUACAGUUGAUAAGUUCAGGCGCACAGUUGAUGAGUACAUCUUUUGGAAGCCGGGGAUGGAAAUCUACGUCUCUCAUGUUCGUAGAAAGCAAAUUCCAUCUUAUGUAUUUCCAGAAGGUUAUAGACGAUCCCGACAACCAAGGCUAAUGAGUGAGCAGCAUCCUGAAAAGCCAUCUCAAGAAAAUGGUGAAGUUCAUAGGUCUGGAUCUGGCGAAAGAGGCUUCAAGAGGAAAAGAGAUUCUGAGGAAAGUCCAGAGAAACGGCAAUCAAUUAAAACCGAGAGGCGGGAUUCAAUUUCUCCUGACAUUGUUAGUGAUAGUUUUGCCAGUGCAUCUAAGGACUCUAUGGUAUUGGGUUCUGUGAGAACAAAAGGAAGUUCAGAUAAUGGAACAUGUGAAGUUGGCAUGGCUGAAGUGGGUGAAAGUGGAUCUACUAGGAGAGUGCUGCGGCAGAUGGAAAGCAGUGAAGGGGCCAGCACAGAUGGAGUUAAAUCAGAUAAAGAGAUGUCAUAUUCAAGUGUCAUCACAAACCUUGCCAGUGAGAUCAACUCUUGCGAGGAUGUUGGGCUUGAAUCUGUUGCGGGUAACAGUGAGGGUAAUGCAGGGAGUAACAACCAGGGAUCUUCCCAGGGGGACUCUUGCGAGGCGGACUCGGAAGUGUUUGGCGGCAGAGUAAUUCAGAAUGGAUUGUUGGAAGAGUUAGAGCCAAAUGCUGCACUUGGGAUGGUACUGAAAGCCAAGGGUGGAGUUAAUUCCCAAUCUGUACUGAAGACGGUGACCAGCAGGAUGAGCCUGACAUCAACAGCAUGAAAGAGAAGUAUGUAUCAGUUGAAUUCCUUGCUCUAAAACUAAAACCGUGUUUGCUCAGGAGAGACAGAAAGCCAGCAGUUCGGGGUAAGUACUAUCUACAUUGCUGGCUUUCAUUUGUUACUUUUUUUUCCAGGCAUGCUCGUGUGUGUUCAACUUUGUGGGGUGGCGACCAAGUCCAAAGAGCGCGGAUGUGUACAGUUUUUAGUUGUUGCGUCUUUGCUGUGCUGCAUAAGUAGUGAGCAAGCUUCCAAUGCUCCUGGAGAAGAUUUUGGAUGCUUUUCUAGUAGGCUUAGCAGUCUCGGUAAUGUUAGGUCAUUUUACUUUUUGUCUCUGUGGAUGUGGUAAACUGUCCUCGUGUCUUUUGAAUGAUUUUGACGGAGGACUUUGUAUUAUAUAAUAUACAAUACUAGGGAGUGGGGGAGUCUUAACUCAGAUAGCAGAGUAUUUGGGGGGAAGGGUUUUUCUAGUUUAUUUCUUUGUUCUCGUUUUAUCUUUUACUCUUGAACACUUUGCUGGCUUCUUGUAAUGAUAUAUUAUAUAUGAAACUUCUCUCUCUCUCUCUCUC